ACUAUGGAUAUAGAUGUGCUUGAUGUUGUGGAACUGUCUAGACCUAAUGGUGAUGGCAGCCAAAUCCUUACACAGUCUGGGAUCAGAGUGUCAGUGGUAGACUCUGAAACAUUGUGGAAAAGAUGGAAUAUUAAUGGAAAACUUGACACAUUUUGUGUAUAAAGCAGCAAGAGAGGGCCAUGUUUUGACAUUAGCUGCAGUUUUUCUUUCUUACACAGAGAAAGAAAUCCGAUACUUAAUUGAAUUUGCAACUAAUGAGAAUGGAAAACGUUUUACGCCUCUUAUUAUUGCUGCCAGAAAUGGCCAUGAUAAAGUGGUGCGUCUGCUUCUGGAACAUGCCAAGUUUAAAGUGCGGCUGCAAGCAUCUUUGAGUUUUGAUGAUUUUCUGUAUGAUGACGAUGGAGGCACAGCAUUGUGGUAUGCAGCAGGAGCUGGACAUAUGGAAGUGGUUAAGCUUCUCGUGAGCCAUGGAAUGAAUGUCAACCAUAUUACAGUAACUGGUUCUACACCACUCAGGGCUGCAUGCUUUGAUGGCAGACAGGACAUUGUAAAGCUCCUUGUAGAGAACUCUGCCAAUAUCCAUAUACCUAACUUAAAUGGGAGUACAUCCCUUAUGAUUGCAGCUCACAGAGGUCAUACUGAAGUAGUUAAAUACUUGUUGUCACAGCACUCUGAUCCUAAUGCUAAAACUAGCUGUGGGAAUACAGCAUUGCAUUUUGCUGCUGAAAAGGGGCAUUUAGAAAUUGUAAGAGAAUUACUAAACUAUAAGGCUGUUAUGGUAAAGAACCAUUAUGGAAUGACCCCUUUAGAAGCAGCUGCAGAAAGCUGUAAAGCUGAUGUGGUAGAAUUUUUUCUUUGUCACCUGAACUUUGACAGAGCAAGCAGAAUUCGGUUACUGGAACUUCUGGGUGCAUCAUUUGCUAAUAAUCCAAAAUAUUACAGCAAUUCUAAAGCAUACUGUUAUUUCUAUAUAGCAAUGUUGGAAAGGUAUGAAAAUCCAAAUAAUAUCAUUGGGAAAGAAGUUCUUCCUCCACUUGAAGCUUAUAACAAUAGAACUGAAUGCAGAACCCUACAGGAGCUGGAGGCCAUAAAACAAAACAAGGAUGCUAUGCACAUGGAAGGCCUCAUGGCAGCUGAACGAAUCUUAGGCUCAGAGAACUUUAUGGUUACUAAUACCAUCACAUACCGAGGAGUGGUGUAUGCAGAACAAGGAGAAUAUGAUCUUUGUAUUAACUUGUGGUUGCAUGCUUUGUAUUUGAGACAGAAAAAUAACAUAGAUACUCAUGAAGAACUUUUCCGAUUAGUACAAAUUUUUUCUCACAUGCUUUAUUUGAAUAAAUCAAUAAAUCCUUCUUAUUUAGAAAAAGUUUUGAGCUACACAGCAAAAGAAAUAGAAAGACAAACUUGUAGGGAUGUAAAUACUGAACAUACCAGCAUAAUGGCAGUGAAUGACAGUUAUGAGUUCACCCUGUAUAUAUUUUUGUACCUGGUAUGUAUUUCCACUAAAUUAGUUUGCAAUGAAGAUGAAAAGUUCAGAAUCAGUGAGCAGAUAAGCAGGUUGAUUCAUCUGGAACCUAGAACUCAGGAUGGUUCUAGUAUGCUGCACCUCGCUUUUACCCCAAUGAAACCAUUCGAUGACAUACAUAUAAAUGCUGCUUGCAGUUUCCCUGAUUCUGAGGUCAUUGCACGUUUAAUUUUAUGUGGCGCUAAUGUGAAUGCAGUUGAUAAUGAAGGGACUAGUCCUCUUCAUAAAAUUGUACAAAACAGGAAACCUAGCAGAUAAGCUUUCUCAUAAGUAUGGGUGACAGUUUUUUUUUACAGAACACAUAGGACAUCAGAGGCCAAGUAUAACACUGAUAUUAUCAAAAGUCAUAGCUACACAUAUUUAUGCUGCAAAGUAUAUUGAUUUUAGAACAUUAAAUGUUCAAGUAUUGCAUUUGUUAAAAACCAUAACAAUCUACUGUCAUACUUGCAUACCACAAUGUUACCAUUAGGAAUUGCUCAGUAAAUGUGAAUAUUUUUUUUUCUUGGAAAUGGAACAAAGACAAAUUAUUCAGUGAUGGCUUUAAAUAAAUGUAUGUCUAGAACUGUU